AUGUUCUGGGCCUUGCUAAGCUGGGCCCUCCUGGCCGCAGUGGGUCUCGGAUCAGGAUGCUCCGAAGACCUGCUGGAGCCGGGCCUCGACUACUUCAGCUUUCUGCAGCAUUCGCUGGAACCACGGCGCGCGAAGGAGACUUACAGCCUCUUCGUGAAGUUCCACAAGGUAGCGGGCACCACCUGGCGGGACUUCGUCGAUCACAUCACAGGCGUGUCCCUAAACUGCAGCAACCUGUGUGGGAAACCAUAUCUGGAAUGUCAGAUCGCCUACCACACCGAUCCGCUCUUCACAAAGCUCUGCGAGCUUGAUAUGGACGCCAGACAUUGUGACCAACCUCUUCACAGCUGCACAUUUCAUCAAAGCCUCGAAGUCAUUCGCCAAGCAGUGUCUGGCAGGACUCUGACCGCCAACAGCUCCGAUCUGGUCUCGCUGCAAAACCUGUGGCCCGACGACCAGCGCCUGGCCCUUCUUUACAACGUAGACUGGGCUCGCGUGUGGUUGCCCUCGACUUUCGGCGGCAAGCGCCUUCUGACGACGACGCUUCUACGCGACCCCACAGAGCGUAUCCGCUCCUACUAUUACUACAUCGCUCCGUCGACCCACGAAGGCUUCCGUUCUUUCCUGGAGUCGCGCCGGGACUACGUGGCCGGCAACAUGACGCAAGAAGCAUUUGAGAACGAGUCCUGGCCACUCUUUCUCCAGACCUGUUGCGAAUAUGAGGCUUAUCUCGGAGAUGGAUCUGUUGAAAAGGCAAAGCUCACGCUUGCCACUCAGUUUAACCUCGUCGGCAUUACAGAGAGGAUGAGUGAGGGGCUGGUCAGUCUGGGUCGCCUGUACGGCCUGACGCCCUGGGAGGUCGGCAGACUGGGCAAGGAGAUCCCAAGGGACCUCGACAACGGCCAAAACAAGCUCGACUGGGCCGCAGACGAGCUGCUGCUAGCCACAUACGUCUCCAAAAAGAGCCGGGCGGUGUACGACUUCGCAAAGGAGCUGUUCCAGCAGCAGGCCUGGGCCUGGGCGUAG